GUGGUUAUAUGAAAGUAUUAGUCUAAAAAAUGUUUCUCUCAGUGGUUUAUCAUUUACACUUGAAAACAAACUUGUGCGUGAAUUAUUUUAUAUGUUGAUAAGAACUUAAAGUAUCGGUUGACUUAAUUUGUGAUAUUCAUAAAGUGAUUGGAAAGAAAGAAAAAGUGCCAAUAAAUUGUCUCCUUGGGGGGAAAUAUAUUGGGAAAUAAAACAAUACAAUUGUAUUUUUUUAAUGAAUAAUUUGCGUAGUAGAAUAAAUGACUUGAAAUUUUGGAAUCAAAUAAUUUUUGUUGAUAAAUCAAUUAACCAAAAGUAUCAGUCAAGAGGAAACCCAAGGUUUGAAUUUAUAUCAAUAUACUGGGAAAAAUGAAACAAAUACGAGCAGCUUUAAUCCAAAUGAAAGUAGGAACAGAACUUGUAAAAAAUCUAGAAAAUGCCUCAAAACACAUAGCUAAAGCCAAAGAAUCUGGAGCUGGUCUUGUAUCUCUUCCAGAAUGUUUCAACUCUCCAUAUGGAACAAAUUUCUUCAAGCAAUAUGCCGAGGGUAUACCAAAAGGAUCUACAUGUGAUAUGUUAUCAAAAGCUGCUAAAGAAAAUUCAAUUUACCUUAUUGGGGGUACAUUUCCCGAAAUAGAAAACGGCAAAUAUUAUAACACUUGCACUGUUUGGAAUCCUGAAGGAAAUUUGAUAGCAAAAUAUAGAAAAAUGCAUUUAUUUGAUAUUGAUAUACCUGGAAAAGUUACAUUCAAGGAAUCAGAUAUUUUGAGUCCAGGAAAUGAAUUUACUACAUUCAAUAUUGAUGAUAUCAAAGUGGGACUCGGUAUCUGUUAUGAUUUGAGGUUUGAGGAAUUGGCCAAAAUAUAUAGGUUGGAAGGAUGCAAGUUAUUAGUUUAUCCUGCUGCAUUCACAACGACAACUGGCCCUCUUCACUUUGAACUGCUCCAAAAAGCAAGAGCGGUAGAUAAUCAACUUUUUGUAUGUGGCAUAAGCCCAUCUCGUAACGAAAAAGGAUUCCGUGCUUACGGUUACUCCCAAGUAACAAAUCCAUGGGGUAAAGUUCUUGUUCAAGCGAAAGAAGACGAAGAUAUAGUUUAUGCCGAUAUUGACUUUUCAGAAUGUGAUGAAGUUAGAGCAAACAUACCCAUUUUUAAUCAAAGAAGAACUGAUAUUUAUGAUGUUAAAAAAAUAUAGAAAAAUUAUAUAAGUAUCAAUUCAAUUGUAAUAUAAAUACAUAUCUAUUAUCAA